AUGAAGUUCCCCACCACUCUCAUCGCGCUCGCCGCGCUCAUCCCCACCGCACUCUCCCUCGUUGCCUUCCCCGGCGCCGAAGGCUUCGGCGCGCUCUCCACCGGCGGCCGCGGCGGCCCCGUCUACGUCGUCACCAACCUCAACGACAGCGGCACAGGCUCACUCCGCGACGCCAUCAGCGUCUCCAACCGUACCAUCGUCUUCGCCGUCGGCGGCGUGAUCAACAUCAACAGCCGCCUCGUAUUCCUCAGCCGGCAGACAAUCGCCGGGCAGACAGCACCCGGCGGCGGGAUUACCGUCUACGGCGAUGGCGUGAGUUUCUCAAAUGCGGACCACGUGAUUGUGCGGUACAUAAGGUUCCGCAUGGGGAGCGGGGGCACCAGCGGGAAGGAUGCGGUGGGGAUUGCGGAGGGGCAUGAUAUGAUCUUUGACCAUGUGUCGAACUCGAUGAUCGCUAUGGGGCUGCAGACCCAUUCGUGCGGCGGGUUGAUACAGACGGAUGGUGGGGUGAGUAUCAUAAGAACACUGUAUGUGGAUAAUCACACCCGGAACCCGAAGGUGAAAGGUGUCAACGAGUUCAUCAACAAUGUCGUCUAUAACUGGGGAGGCGGAGGCGGAUACAUCCUCGGUGACUCUGACGGCGCAUCUUACGCAAACAUCAUCAACAACCUCUUCAUUUCCGGGCCAUCGACGACCAUUGCCCCGUUUACACGCGGAAACCUCAACUUCCACGUUUAUGCGGCCAACAACUACCAGGACCUCAACGCAGACGGCGUCCUCAACCCAACACUCAUCCCCGAGAGCGAGUACACGACCGUCGACUUUGUGACCAGUAGAUACAACUACCCCACCGUCGCCACCGUGCUGACGCCCACCACUGACCUCUUCAAUGCGAUUGUUGCGGGCGCGGGAGCGAGCAAGGUGCGUGACAGCGUGGAUGAACGGUACAUCACGGAGCUCAAGAGCUUGGGUACGUUGGGGCAGAUCCUGACGAAUGAGAACACCUCGCCGUUUUCGGGGGCCGGGACUGUUGCAGCGGGGACGGCGCCAGUGGACACUGAUGGGGACGGCAUGCCUGAUGCGUGGGAAUCGGCGAAUGGCCUGAACCCCGCAGUCAAUGAUGCUGCUGGGUACAAGUUUGGGAAUGGAUACACGAACAUCGAGAAUUAUAUCAAUUCGCUCGUGUAA